GACGGCGCGGGCAGCAGAGGCCAGUCCCAGCCGGGGCCGAACGCCGGGGCAGCCGGCGCCCCUCAGCCCGCCGGCAUGAGGCGGGCCGGGCCCUGGUGCCUGCUCCUGGCUGCGGCCUGCGCCCUGGGCCGGACCCCGCGGGCCGCCGUGCGCUGCCUGUCCGCCGGCGCCUGCUUCAGCGCCCACCUCGCCAAUGUCUCGUACGCCGAGGCCCGCGGCGCCUGCGACCAGCGGCGGGGCAGCCUCGCCUGGGUCAGCGGCGAGCCGGAGCUGCGCCUGGUGCUGGACAUGCUGGCAAAGGCGGCGGCGCCCGCGCCCCCGUUCUUCUGGGUCGGGCUGAAGAGGAGCGCCUCCGCCUGCACCCACAACGAGCAGCCGCUCCGCGGCUUCUCCUGGGAGGGCGUCGGGGGUGGGACGGCCCCGCAGGAGGUGCCGGCGGCGCUCGGCCGGUGGCUGCAGGAGCCGCAGCCGUCCUGCCUCACGGCCCGCUGCGCUGGGCUGCAACUGGCGGCUGACCCCCCAUGGGGCUGGAAGGAGCGGCGCUGCCAGCUGAAAAGCCCCGGCUACCUCUGCAAGUACCAGUACGAGGGUGCCUGCCCCGACCUCAGUCCCGCGGGCGCCCUCGACCUCGAAUACCGGCUCCCCUUCGAGGAGCGCAGCGGCGGCCCCGGCUUCAGCCCGCCGGGCACCGUGCUGACCGUGGCGUGUCCCGGCGGGGAGGUGCGGCUCACCUGCCAGCCCGAGCCGGGCGGCUUCGCCUGGAAGGCGGCAGAGAAGCCCCUCUGCCCCUGCCCCUUCGGCCGCAGGAGCCCCGACAGCGGGCGGUGCGCCCAGGCCGCCGGGUGCCGCGAUGCCGCCGGCAGUUUCGCCUGUGCCCGCAUCCCGGGCGGCCCCGACGGAACUCCCUGCCCGGGCACGGGGCCGGCCCCCACCGCUACAGGUGGCCCCGCGGAAUCGUCGGGUGCCAGGGCGGAGGGGCGGCGUCCUUCCAUCCCGACACCCGGCCGUUCCACGGAGCCGCCCGCCACCGCCACGGCCGCCGCCGGCGGAGAGAAGACGGCUGCUCCGCCGCCCUCCUCCUCCUCCUCUUCCAACUACGUUUUCAUCCUGGUGACGGUCGCUGUGGUGGUGCUGAUCAUCCUGGUCAUGACCGUCCUGGGGGUGUUCAAAAUCUGCUUUAACAAGAAGUCCGAGGGCCGCGGGGACAAGGAGCCGCCGGAGGCCGGCGGCAAGGCGGAGGCAGGCUCGGCGGAGCCCGGCGGGGCAGCGGGGCGUGAAUAGCCCCGGACCGCCGGGGCCGCGUCCCUCGGGGCUGCCCUGAGCGGCAGCUGCCCCCGGGCCAGCGCUCGGCCCCCCGCGUCCCUCCUGCCCCCAGCCCUGCUGCCGCGGGGAGCCCAGGGAGAGGCGCCGCGGGACUUGGCUGGGCAGGGCUUGGACAUCAUCAAACGCAGGAGCGGGUAGCGACGUUAUGUUGAGGGGAUUGAAGUUUUGGACAGUCGGAGUUUUUGUCGGUCUGAAAAGCAGUUAUUUCGGUGCUGAUUCCACUAAAAUAUAAAUAGAUCAGCCUGACCGGCAGAGCGAUUGCAGCUGCAACAAUUGUGCAUUUUUAUCCUCUCAGAAGCUGUUCGUCGGGUGCCUUACUUGGAGCAAGCAUAAAGUGGGCCACUUUGAGCACUUGCAUCUUGUAAUUUAGAAGUCACCACCUCCAGUGGUACCUGGAGGCUCUCGUUUUCAAUAUAAUUGCUGGAACUUUUGGAGAGGUGAACUGCCAUAAUUUUGGGCGAAACUGCAACCCAUAAGCUUUCAUACUGACAUUCUUAAAAAAUGAAAGAGCAUUUCUAUACUUAGAAAGUCAUUAAAUUGCUGAGGAAGUGAGAGGUUAAUGGGGAGUCAGUUUUAUACUUCAGCUGAUGAAAAGAAUAAAGGAUGAUGUAAAUCACUUCCCUGUUUGUUACUUCAUACUCAUUUUUAUUGUAGCAGAGAAUAAAUUUUUCAGUUACAGUUUUUUCUCCUCAGUUGGGCUGUUACAAAACUUGCUUUCUAUAUGCAAUAUGUGGCUCCCUUAGAAUCAGACAAGGUGCUGACACACCACACUGUGAGAGGAGUUAACAUGAGUCCAAAUACAUCAUGCAAAUCUCAUUCUCUUUAGUCAGAUAUAUUGUUUUCCGUGGAGUCCCUUGAGAGUAAGGAAAGAUUCACUGUUCGUGCCCUUUUCUAAAUGAGGUAAACACUUCCUCUGUGAUUUCCCUUGGGAAUUCCUGUAGAGGAGCUUUCAACCUGGCUGCACAACUUGCUUUCUGUGCAGUUCAGAGUGCUGAUGCUCACUUAUUAUUAUUAUUAUUAUGGUGUUGGUUUUCAAUUAAAGGUGUAAUAUUAAAUAUUGAUUCAAGGUUUUCUGAGUGCAGUUAUACAUAUCUAAGUGGUCUCAUCCAAGCCUUUUGGGGUGCAGGGAGAAUAGGGAAAUAUUAUCUUCCCUUAAGAGAACUUUAAUCUCUGAAAUGUCUCUUUAAAUACACUUGAUUGUUUGUUUGUUUUCCUCUCUUGAGAGCUGACAUUCUUACUACUAUUUUAAUUUUGACACUUUCCUGUUGAAUUUGAAGAACUCUGUUUAAAAAAUAUUGCAUGUUAUUAUUACCUAUUUUUCUUGCAAGCAAAGACUUGAUGAUAAAUAUGGUGUAAGCAUCUGCUAAGGAUAAAUAAUUAUGUAAGUAGAAGUUUUUUAUUUUUCCCUCUCUCUCCCUUUUAUGAUGGUAGGCAGUUGCUAUGUGGGAUACAGUGUUUUGCUUUUGGUAAAGAGGUCACUGAUAUUUGUGAGCCAUCAGACCAACUGUAGCCAUAAAUUCCCUUGUAUCAUGACAGGAAUUAAAUCCAGCUAGGUGAGAAUGCUACUUAUUACAAGGUGACUCAAAAUCUGCAUACUUUUUAAAUCUGUUUAUCUGACAUUUGUAUUUCAGAAGGCAGGCGUUUUUCAGCUUGGGCAGGAGGCUUGAUUCUACAUUCAGAUAUGAACAGAUUUGGAAAAUGACUUAGCCAUUAAUGCCUUAUUUCUUAAUACCACUCUUGUUGCUGUCAGUGUAAGUAAUUUCUUUUAUGGGAUGGUGUAUGUGGAGCUCUCCUCUUCUGUCAGGGGCUGUAUAAGUAAAUAGCAGCUAAGAUGAAUGAGAGCCUCUCUAAAUUUUUUUUUGUAUGUUUUAGUCUUUCUCUCGUAUCAGGUGGCUUAACUCUUCUGAUAGUCUGAUGGGACUGUCCAGGUGUGUUUUCCUAAGCUCUAGAAACUUUCUCUUUCUCUGUUUCUGGAGUCUUACCAAGCACAGAAUUAAGUGCCGAGUUAAGCACCUGACUACUUAUUUUGGCGUCUCUCAGUAUGUGACUCAGACUAUUUGGUUAAAAUAUACAAGUUCAUGCCCUUGUGAGCCAUUCACCUGUCUCAUAAUUUCCAUUUCACUCUUCCUGUGAAAUCAUGUAUUGAUUUGAGAGUUCUUUUUCUCACACAGGAUCAUUAGACUUUUGUCUAGAGGACUACACAAGGGUUCUACUAUGUUCUCCCCGGUUUAUAAUUUGACUUAUGUGAAACCAGAUUAUUUUGCAUCUAAGGAUGGGAUCCAUUUUACCAUGUGUAGAUAUCUCCAGUAAUUCAUCUAAACUUUUUUACUCACCUAGACACCUGUACUGCCUAUCGAGAGAAAUACGUGCUUGCAAUUAAUCUCAUUUUAGACUAGGUGCUGAAAACAGGACCAACGAAUUACAUCCUGAAAGUGCCCUUUUUCUGCAUUGACUGUAAAGAAGGCAUAUGGAGGCUACUUAUAUUUAAAUGCCUGUAAAAUACACAUUUAGAAUUAAAUUAGAAAAAUCAUCUCACUAAAGUCUCCAGCUGGGAAAGUCACUUUUCUAAAAGCAAGCUCAUGGUGCCUUCUGUCUCUUCAAGGCAUGGCUAAAUGGUCAUAAUAAUUUUAUUAUUGCUUUUAUUGCUUUUACCUGUUAGAGAUUCUUGUUCAGUAUGUCUGGGGUUUUUUACCUUAAUUUUGCAGUCAGUAGAAUACAAAUAGAUUUGUAUUUCGAUUUGUUUGGAACCUGAACAACUUUGAAAUGCUUGAAUUUCUCUUUCUCUAAUGGUUCAGAUCAAAAAGAUGGUUUGGGAGAAAGGUUUGUUCAUUUUUACUUUCCACUCUUGAUCAGAUUGGGUCUUUAGUGAAUAAGAAACCAACACGUACCUGUUACACAACCACUGGUUCAUAUCACAACCAUGAUUCACUGCUCUGCAAGGCAGAUGCAGAGCAUGGUUUACUGUUUACAUCCAUGGAAGGAGAAUAAGUAAGAAUAUAAUGAGUACAGAUCAUCAUAACAAGUACUGAAAUAAUAUAAGUGUCUAAUUAUGAGAAUGGAUGCAAUUUUAAUAAAGAUUGUUAGGUAACACCACAUAAAAAACCCACAAUCAAAUGCAAGUAUUUUUCCAAAACAUGGCAAAGAUAGAGACAAAUCUUUUCUCUCAUGUUGCACACAUGUCCAUUGAAUAAACAUUAUUUAAACAUAUUAUAUUCCGACUGUUUUUCCACCAUAGGAAAAAUAUUAUUUCAUCCCAUAUUAAAGCCAUAUAAAUAAUGUAUAGACUUUGUAUCUGUGAGUUUAAAAUGUUUGCAUUUGUAAUGAAAUGGUGAUAGCAAGAAACUGUUAGUCUACAUUUGGAAAUGGUGAUUCCUGCAAAGAAUAAGAAUGUCCAGAUCUCUUGUCUGUCACAGUUAUCCAAAAAGUGUCCCAUAUUGCCAGUUUUAGAUUUCUUUAAUUCCUACAAAGAUAGCUUGACUGGUAGGCAUAUUAUUUGUCUGCUGCACGUUUUAUUUGUGAACAUCUGAUGAAUUUUUAAUGGUUUGUUUCAUCAAAUAAUCAGAAAUAAAAGUUUAAUUUCCACAUUUUUAAAAAAUAAUGGUUUAUGCUGCUAAGGGUUUAAUUAGGUGUUCUGUGGGAUUGAAAUAAAUCUAUAAUGGACACAGGAAAAUUCAAGUACUUCUGACAAUACUUCUCCUUGUUUAAGUGUAUCAUAUAGCUUAAAGAAUGUUAAAAAUAUAAUGGAUUCUGCACUUCUCCUAGAAACUUCCUAUCACUUGACUUUUUUCAUGUUUUAAAUUCCAGUUAUCUUUCCUCAUUAUUACAUGAGGUCAAUCACUGGUAGAUGUAAUGUAGUUCCUUCUAGAAAUAUUAUUUUUAUUUAUUAUAAUAAAUAUUAUACUGUUAUUUAUUAUUAUUAUUGUUUUUCUUCAGUAUGUAGACACUUACCAAAGUGUGUGGCAAUUAAUAUAUUUCACUAAAGAUAUAUAAUUGACUCAAAUGGCAAACACAGCAGGGCAGCAGCAGCAGUAACCACAUUCCCAGGGCUUCAAAAUAUUAAACGUAAUAUCUUUUCUUCUUCCCUCAUUAUGCAGCCUUGUCUUUCUCUUCGGGGCUUGUAGCCUGGGGCUGGAAGACUUGAAAGUGGAUGUGUAAGGGGAAUAAUCUGUUAGCAAGCAAAUCUUUUCCCUUUUCUGUAUUGCUGACUAGAAUCACAGAAUCAUAGAGUGGUUUGGGAUGGAAGGAACCUUAAAGACCAUCUUGUUCCACCCCACUGCUGUGUACAGGGACACCUUUCACUAGACCAGGUUGCUCAGAGCCCCAUCCAGCCUGCCCUUGAACACUUCAAGGGAUGAGGCAUUCACAACUUUGCUGAGCUAACUGGUCCAGUGUCUCGCCACUCUCAGAGCAAAGAAUGUCUUCCUCAUACCUAAUCCAUGCCUACCCUCUUUGUUUGAAGCCACUCCCCUUUGGCCUGUCACCACAAGCCCUAGGAAAAUGUUCUUCUUCCACUUUCUUGUACCUACUGGAAGGUUGUUUGUAGGUACUGAAAGCCUUCUCUUUUCUGGGCUGAACAACCCCAGCUCUUUCAGCCUGUCUUUGUAGGAAUGGUGUUCUAACCCUUUGAUCAUCUGGGUGGCCUCUUCUGGACUCCAGCAUGUCCACAUGCUUCUUAUGUUGGGGGCUCCAGAGGAGAACACUGUACUCCAGGUGGAGUGGAAGCAGCAGUGGAGAUGGGAAAUGCAGAGGUGUGGUGGUGGUGGUCCUGCAUUUAUGAUGUGCUUGCCCUCCUUCCACCUGCCAGUCCUUUUGCAUUCUGAGUCAGAAAAAUGGGAAAACAACCACUCUUAUGUAUUUUAGGGGUAAUAUAGGAGAAAGAAGACUGCAGGUUCACAGAGAGGAUAAGGGGAAGAUGAGAAAGACAGGCAAGCAUCCGUCUUUACCAGGGUGUAUUUGUCCUAACCAUCUUCUUGCUGCAUAUGUUUUCGGGUGUUACUCAAAAUGUGGUAGUUUGCAAGCAAAUAAAUAUUUUCAGUUGUUAAGCCAGGAACAGCACAUGGGCUAUAACCUGUCAGAAAAGCAUGGUUUUGUUUCUGGAAUGUAACCAGCAGACCUUGUGUUUUUGGCUGAUAAGAAUGAUUUACACCGUUCUCUGGAACAUAACAUAAGAUCAUAAGUACAGAUAGCUUGAGUGGGAUUAUAAGUGAUCAAAGUCUGUAAUAUCUGUGGAGAGGAAUGCGAUACAUUACUUUUCAUUCUUAUGGGUAUAUCUUUCUGUAAGGGAAAGAAUUUUUCCCAGUCAAUGUAAUGAAGGUUCUGAACAAGUAAGAAAUUAUGUAAAUUUUACUUUAUGACAGUGAAAGAGCAGUGAAAAUUCUUCUGUAUUCAAUUUCUGUCUUGUCAAUAUGAGGUUCUUCUUGGUUUGUGUUAAGAAAAAAAUUAUUAGAUCUUUUCUCUAUUUUAAUCAUAAAGGAAAAAAAAACCCAGUGAAAUUCAAAAUAUCUGAAAAAUC